UCUCUCCAUUAAUGAAGCGAUAAUUCGCAACAUGAUGGAUGCUGUCAAUGGCAGGGUAACAACUUCACUAUUUCCUGUAGAGGAUUUGCUUCACACAAUAGAAAUUGGUCAGUCAAAUUGACACCAGUGUAUGCAGCGGACAUGAUCCAGUAUUACUACCCAUUGCUGGAAGCUACCUUGACCACAGAUGCGAUAAUUGUAAACAUACCUUUUAAAUCUCAGGAUCAUUUUGAGGCUUAUGAGAUUAAACCUUUUCCAUUUUCCGUUAAUAAUUCUGUGAUGACACUGGACAUGAAUCCUUCCUUAGUGCUAAUAGCCAAGGAUUUUUCAUUAUAUACAAUUGGAGAUUUAACUGAAUUAAAACGUUGUAAAUCUUCAUACUUGCAUUUGUACCAUUGUUCAAGUAUCCAAUUUGCUUUCUUAGCUGUAGUAAAAGGUAUUUGUGAAGUCGUCUUGACACGUUCAGAGGCGUCUGCAGCUCUAACACUCUGUCCAUACAAGCAUGUGGUUUCAAAACCUAUUUUCCAUUGCAAUUUUCAUGGAUAUCAUUACUUUUAUUUCACAGAAAACUUUUACGUCUCAGUGACUUGCCCAGAAGGGACCACCUAUGAGGAGGUUAUAGGACAUUAUGCGGUACAAGAUGCUUGUCAUCCGGGUGGGGUCCCGACCUUGAAGACGAUGCCCGCCUGACAACGCAGCUAUCCCUCAGUCCUCAAUACUCGUGGUGGUGUUUAGAGGAGAGGGAGGUUGUCCCGCUACGACGCUACUGUUCUCCUCUUGUCGAUACCAUAAGCCAAGCACCAGCUGUACCUGGAUCCCCCACAGCCUGCGCGUGUCUUCUGAGGGCGUUGCGACGCGGAGAGAAUAACUGGUAUUCCACCAGCGGGAGUAGCACGCCAUCGAAUUCUUGUUAAAGUUUUCAAGAACUGUUCUCAGUCAUGGCUAUUACUGCAGAGCAUCUAGAAAAGUUCCAUCGCGAAGGGUGUGUGGCCGUGCCUGGCUUCCUCACUGAAGAAGAAGCAGACUCUCUCCGCUCAGCUUGCCGCCGUCUCGUGGACCAGAUGGACCCCGCGCAGCAUACCCCGACCAUUUUCUCUACCACUAACCACCAGCAGUCUCGCAACAAGUAUUUCCUCAACAGCGGAGACAAAGUUUGCUUCUUCUUUGAGGAGGAAGCCCUCGACAAGGACGGCAGCCUUAAGGUGGACAAACAUGUUUCCCUCAACAAGGUGGGCCACGCACUGCAUUGGUUGGUGCCGGAGUUCCGCAGCGUUUCAUUCUCGGAGAAAGUGAAGACCACGGCCCGGCAACUGGGGUUCAUUUCCCCAGCUGUGGUCCAGUCCAUGUACAUCUUUAAGCAGCCAGGCAUAGGAGGAGAAGUCACUCCGCACAAGGACUGUACAUUCCUGUCCACGGAGCCUCAGAGCUGCAUAGGAUUCUGGUUUGCCCUGGAAGAUGUAACCCUCGAGAAUGGCUGCCUGUGGUACGUUCCAGGAUCGCAGCACAGACCGACCAGCCGCAGAUUCGUACGCAACGAUGAAGAGAGUGAUGACCUGACCUUCUUCACGGCACCACCUGACCCCGAUGAUCCCUCCAAAUACGUUCCUGUCCCUGUCAAGAAAGGCACUUUAGUGUUGAUUGACGGCCAAGUGGACCACAAGAGUGAGAAGAACACCUCCCCACAUUCGCGUCACAUAUAUACUUUCCACGUCAUCGAGCGCCACAACACAUUGUGGGACGCCCGCAACUGGCUACAACCAACGCCGGAGAUGCCUUUCACGGGGCUCUUCGAAAAUAAGGCUUCAGACGCUUGAUCUCCAAGUCCAAUCACAUCCUGUAUUGGCAUCCUCUUUUUUUUUUUUUUUUUUUUCACAGCUUGCACAAUUUGUUGUCAGAACUAUGGCAACUGAUGAUUCGGGCAAUAUCUUUUAGAAAUGGUCAUUU